GGUCCUCACACCAACAACUCACGGGCAGAUCACUGCUCCGAGGAACAAUUUGUUUACUCUCCUUGUGCUCUUCCAGCUAUCUUACAAGUACACUUUUGAGAUGCCAUUCACAGACUGAAGGGCCAAAAGGACAGACCUUACAACAACAUGCCAUUUCUAUAGAACUUCUCUUCCUCUCGCUCAUCCCAAAGCCUUCCCCCGUCUCAGAUGGAGUCGAUGAUCUCCAUUCUCGUUCUUCUCUCGUGUUUGUUCACCGGCCCACUUCACAUCCUAGCGCAGCAGCCGGCGCAGGCCGCGCCGCCGUCGCCGACCUCUCGCAUCACCGUCGUCGGCGCCGUGUACUGCGACGUAUGUCACACCAACACUUUCUCCAAGUAUAGCUACUUCUUGCCAGGUGCUGAUGUGAACAUCCAAUGCAAGUUCAAGGCGAGCGCGCCGAAGACCACUGAGCAGAUCAACUUCUGGGUGAACCGGACCACCGAUAGAUACGGGACGUACAGGUUGGACGUGCCCUCGGUGGACGGGGUCGACUGCGUGGACGGCCAGGAGAUCGCGUCCAUGUGCCAAGUGAGCUUGAUAGGGAGCUCGUCCUCCGCGUGCAACGUGCCCGGGUUGAGGGCCACGACGAACGAGGUGACCGUCAAGUCGAAGCAGGACAACCUGUGCAUAUACAGCAUGAACGCGCUGAGCUACCAGCCCCACGAGCGCAACGUUACCUUAUGCGGGAACAAGAAAGAGGGAUUAUUGCAAGAUGAAUUCAAUUCCUCCAAAUUCUUCUUGCCUUACUUCCCACCAUAUGGCUUUCCAUGGGCACCGAUCCCUCAACUGCCACCGUUUCGUCCAAUCCCGAUCCCUCCAUUACCGCCUUUUCCGUCGAUACCAUUCCCGCCUCUCCCGCCAUUUCCCUUUCCCUCAUUCCCGUGCCCGAACCCACCCGCGCUGCCGUUCCCGUUCCCGCCUCUCCCUCCUCUGCCUCCGCCAGGGUUUAACUUAACCGAUCCCCGGACAUGGAUCCCGAGAAUCCCGUUAUUCCCUUCUCCUCCCCUCCCGCCGGCAACGCCGCCGGGGUACAAUCUAUGGGACCCGAGGACCUGGAUACCCCAUCUCCCUCCGUAUUCUCCGCCGAGAGCUCAGGACCAAACUCCCUAGUGUAGUGUGCAUCAGACAUAUGGUGAAUGUAAUCUUUGUAUGGUUUUCAUUUUUGCGUAUACUAUGAUUUAUACACCA